GUACCUUCUAGUGCAGUCUUGCUCUCCUUUAAUUUAAUCAGUCACUCAGUACAAUAUUUAUUAUAUGACAAACAUGAUUAUGAACCUUGUGAGUUGCAUAUUGGAUAUGUUAGUUAUCUAUGAAAAUACAAUGUAAAAAUAUGUUUACUUGGAUGAUCUAUAAAUGCCUACGUCUAUCGAAUAUACUUACUUUUUCAAUUGUAACGUGCGACUGUGCGAGAACCAAAAUGAAAUUACUGUUGGUUGCAAAUGUUAUCUCCGCCUUUGCUCUACAAGCCUAUGCUGGCGUAAUUGUCAACGAUCAUCUGGGAAGUAACUUAGUGUCAUGCAAGGAUCCAGCUGCACCUGGAAACUUGCAAGUGGAGACGGCGAUUCAUGAAGAACCCCAUUUCCUUCACACUGUAGAGAAGACUAUCACCCUUCCUGAGUCUGGUUUCUUUACGAAAGCCAUAACUUGCAUUUUGGUUGAAGAUUUGAAAACAGAUGGUAGUGGUGGUAUUGUGUCGAUCACUGAAGGUGGUUUGAAUCAAUUCCGUGUCAGUUUACACUUUGUGUCAAAGUGGGGAAAGGGGCUUGACUACAGAAUACAAAUAUACACGCAUGUUUAAAUAAACUCUGUUAUAUGUAUAUGAUUAUUUAUUUUUAAUUUGCUGCCCACCUCGUGAUGGAAAUACGUAAACGGAGUAAAGGAUUUUUAAGCAAACAUUUAUUAAGCCGUUAAUAAACCCAACUACGAAUUUAGAGAUAUUUUUUUCCGAUUUUCCGAAAUAUUUGAAUGUCGUUUUAUAUCUCUCUCUUAUACGUUCCUUAGUAUCAACAAGUUUCUAAUUAAGAGCAUGUUUCCCUAUUACUGUCAAGACAGAACAGGCCUUUAUUUGGAAACUUCGUUCAUGGUAAGAAGUAUAAAACGGCACAUGUCCAAUCAUAAAAAAAUAAUUUUUAUUUUUUAGUUUUUUGAGACUUCAUAGAACUCCUUCCCUUUUUCUAUCAUAUACUAAGUGACAUAUAAAUCCGAACACCCAGUUUAAAUGGUGUUAUUUUAAUAAAAU